ACUGCUUAAUUACUAAUUUUUUGUGUCCGGGAAGCUUUAAUGGACGGUGUCGAUGUUCAUCACGGCCUUCUAUUAUUCUAAGAUUCAAGACCGUAAUGUUCUUUCCUUAAAGAGAUGGUCGGAGGGUUAUGUUCGUUCUUGGACGCCCCUUCCUUUUUCGCUACAUGUCACGCCUACAUCUUUCUCCCCUCUUCCUCAAACUUCUCACACUUCAUCUCCAACCUCACACCCACACUCGUUCAACACCUCGGCGAGGUAUGCAACUCUCCUAUCAAUCGCUAUCAAUCGGCGGCGUCGAUUCUUCUCCUUGAAUUAGUCAAGUCUUGCACCGGGAGCCACGCCUGCGCGACACCCUCGCGUCACCCUCGAAUCACCCUCGAGCACUACCUCAGCAAGAAUAGACAGCGUCCAUUCAUCCCUCUUGACGACAUGAAGUUUUCCAGGAAGUACAAGCCAAUACCAAACCAGCCAAACCAGGCUCCAGCGGACCUCAAUCAACCUCGCAGUGCCCGCAACGCGUCAAAGAGAGCAAGCCGUCACGCCGAGAAUGAAUCAGCUCGGGAGCCAGGCCAGAGACUCAUGCAACGGGAUGAUCUGGACGUUAGAGGCCGGCAAAUCUACACUCUUCGCUGGCUAUGCAACAUGGAUUCAAUUAUGCGAAUGUGGUGUGAGUUCUUUCAGACAAAGCUGGAUCGCUUCGACGGUCCAAGUUAUUUCAAAUCGGGAGGACCUCAUCCUGACCGACUUCUUCUACACCAAUUCCUCUUCUGGGCCGCCGACACAUCGGUCGGAAAUCUUUACACGUCGAGUCAUGCACCAUCAGCCAUGACUGAGACGUACAGAGCUACCACCGGGACCAUCGAACGUUACGUGGUGAUUCUAGCCAGCUGCUUUGGUUAUUAUAACGCGAGCCUUGAUUCUGAUUUGGUCAAAUCAGCAAGACUCUGGAUUCGAAACGAUCUUUCUCGAGAGCUCGGCCUGAAUCGUGAGGUCAAAACGAAGCCAAUUGCAUAUACUGCAGAUGUACAACAACUCAUUGAGGCCAUUUGGAGCUUCAACAGUCUUGCAGUAUUCAAAAACAUCCGAGCCAUGUUCAACACGACUCUCGUGUUGAAUUUUCUGGUCGACGGUGCAUCAAGGAUUGGAGAAUUCAUCCCAACAGACACUGAUUCGAAGAAGAAUGGGCGGUAUCUGAAAUGGGAGGACCUCGAUUUCAUCAUGACCCCAUCAGACGACGUGGAUGCCAUCACAAUCCACAUUGUUGUGCUUUGCAAAUGGCUAAAAAAUCACAGCCACGAUCCCAAAGCGUUCAAGGGUUUCGUUGUGCGUCUGCUUCCCCCGCAUCUGGCCUUCCAGGACUCUUGCCGCUUUCUAGUGGUGUUAGCGCUGCAUCAUGGCUAUUUCCGAGACUUUCGCACUUGGGACGAGCUUCUCAGUUGCAAGCCGAGCCGGAGUGGAAGUCCGAUGCUGCUCAAGCCAUCAUGCCUGCAACUCCCUGUGUUUAUGCCUCUCGUGCCUCGGAUUUCCAGAAUGGACGGCGUCCAGUCUCUCACGGAGGCAGACGACAACGGAGAGAUGCUCCCAUGGACAUACUGUCAACUACAGAGGAUUGUUGGAAAGUUGUCGCGCCUUGCCGGAUUUUCCCAAAAGACUGGACUUCAUCAGUUGCGACACGGUGAUGCUUUCCUUCUUGCACAGCAUUGCAAGGACCGUGAUACCGCGCGUGUUCUGAUGGGGCAACAGACCGACUCCGCUGCAUUCUCGACGUAUCUGUCCAAAAUCUCGACCACCGACAUUCAAGGGCUGGCUCGUGGUGUGUCAUCAUACGACCUUACACGAUUCUCUGGCCUGAGUCUGGGAAAGUGUAGUGACGCACCUCUCACCCUACCCGCGGAAGAGCUGGCCGCGAUCGACUGUCAUCCAGAAUUUGUGGCGGCUGCGAAGGAAUGCGAAGAUGCGAGAGAUGAGUGCAAUCGUCAGUUCGGAUCCCUUCAGGAAACCAGACGGGCGGCCCAGGAAUCACCAGCUGCAGCCCAGCUGUUUCGCAGAUACCAUGUCCUCAGCCUCAACAAGAACGGCAAAUGGAAGCGUCUGGCUGAGCUGAGAUUCCGCGCCUUCCGAGAGGCAUCCAUUCGCGAGUUGACCGCUGCGAGACCAGUUGGUGAACUUAACGUUGGCGUGAGCGAGCCGGUAGAUCAUCCAGAACCGACGCUGCCGCUUAUGGACGACUACAGGGCUUUGGAUGCCGAAGCAGAUGAUGACACAGGACCCAGUGAGGACUCUGAGCGGUUUCUUCAAGAUCGAAUUGAGGAUGUUGGGUUGCUCACAGCAGAACAGACGGCGUCCAUCAUAGCUGCCGUGCCUGAUGAUGCAACGGUGGGAGGAGUCGCGGAAAACGUCGUCCAGGAGGCGCUCAAUCAGCAAGUACGCAAUCACAACAUCUUUCGAAUUUCUCUCGAUUCAAUGGUUGGGACAAUUGGGCGGCAAUCGACCGGGAUGUCAUCGUUCUCGUAUGACUACAUCCACUUGAGGGAAAGAUACGAGACUGUGGCCAAAGACGAGGGCGUCACUUCCGGCACGGUCAUGGCACUGCUUCUGGAACUUUUGUCGAGCGAACACCACAUGAGAGACCUCCCGACUCACUGGCUUUCUCCCGGUGACCAGUCAACAUGUAUAGUCUGCCGUCAACAGCUGACAAUCGACACCGGCUACACUCACGUACGGCAAUGCCUUCAACCCCAGGCAAAAGCCCGUGCAGACCAACUGUGGGUCGACUACUGCGCGAGUGUGCCUACAAAAUGCACUUGGACAUCUACGGUAGCAUCGAAAGCCUGUAAGGUCGAUCUUACAAAUGCAACCCCCGAAGAACGCCAAAAGCAUUUUCAUAAGCACAAUAACUCCACGGGUUAUAAGUGCUACUGGGGCGGAUGCAAGAUCACUUUCUCUUCUCAGGCAGAACUUUGCCAACAUGUCUACUCCAAGCACGGGAUUCUGCUUUGGACGUCGUCAACUUGCUUGUAUUUUUGGUGCCAUUACUGCAACGAGUACAUCUUCGAAACCAAGUCUUCGCCAGAGAGGCUGGCCCACUUUGCUUCACAUUAUGAUCAAGCAAUUCGAGCUGUUCGGGACUACGGCUAUGCAGGAGUUUCUAUGGGUUCAAAUCACGCUGGACGCCGUCCAAACGAGUUCCUCCCACCGCACUGUGUCUUUUGCCUCCAUGACGAGCGUCUCGAUGCGGAAGACCAGCUGCUAGCACCGACACAUGAGAUCGCGCCACACAUGCAUACGCACUUUCGGUACCUCGCUCCCAGUGAUAUGAUUCACUGCCCAGCAUCGUCUGCUGGUGGAGCGCGCCAUCCAUUGUGCAGUUUUGAGCAGAGUAUGACUGCAACCGAGGCCUGGAAACACAUACAAGAGAUACACUAUGGUCUCGAAUUUGGGCCAAAGUUCGGACCUGGCGCAACAGGGAAAGUCAGAGGCAAGAAGAGGGUGACUGUGCAGGAUGAUUCAGAUUCAGAGACAGAGGAAAGAGUCAAGAUUCGAACGAAGGUGUACGAUAAGAAGAAGCCACUUUUAGCGCAGGAUGGUUCGAUGCCGGGCAAAAAAGUAACCAGACGGACGGCGUCGAUUGAUCAAUCUUCAGAGCCCGCACUGCCGCUUCAGGAGAAAAACCCCAACGACCGCUUGGCCGUGGAGCAGAUGGGCACUCAACAAAACAAGCAAAUCGCCCAUGAUCUUUCUGUCAUUGAUCCAUUGCUUCGAUAAGGAAGUGUCGAAGUGCGCAAGGACAUGUGGCAUAUACGAAAAGGUUACGAAUGGGGGGUGUCGGUUAUCUGGUAUGGGAAGGAAUCAUUUCUUUGCAGGAAUAUGGCUGUUUAUGCUGUGCUGACUAUCAUUCCGGCCACGCAAACUGCAUCAACUAUUGCCUAAUGUUUUCAUACAC